AUGCAGCUGCACGUGACGGCUUUGGUUGCAGUAGCAGCGUUGAUUGGCACCACCGGGGCAGCUCCUGUUGAUCCCGUAGCCACACCGUACAUCGUGCAGUACGAGAACAACAAUGCACAGAACGAAGGAUACAGCUUUGAAUUCGAACUGAGUGACGAGCAGCGUCGGAAGGAGGAAGGUACGCUUCGGUACAGCAAGGACGACGAAGGUAAAGACGUACAGUUUGUUGCCGUCCAAGGACGCUACUCGUACGUCGGUGACGAUGGCCGUACCUACUGGGUGGAGUAUAUCGCAGACGAGAAUGGAUAUCGCGCCCGGAUGGGCACCGGCGACUAUGAUACCGAUCGCAAGCUAGACUUCUCCAGCAGCGAUCGCAAGAAUCGCCCCGUCGCUUAG